AACACAACCCGGACCGCUCGAUCCGAAGACGAGUGCACUAACCAUGAGGCCACCGUGCCUCCCACUUUUCAGUCUAUAAAAAUCGGUAGAAAAUAAGACCAUUCAUCCUGGGCCGGAAAAACAAUAUUCUUAUAAAAAGAAAAAAGAGUGUAAGCCGUAGGAAACUUAUUUUCUACUCUAUUUUUCUUGGUACAAUAUUCCUGGGAAAAUCCGACUGAUAUUAAGGAAGGCGUGACCAGACACUCUCUUAGCGUGACUGGUCACACCAACUUCCAUUUAAGUAAUUUUAUAUUCAAAUUUUUGAACCGACCGCUGUCUCGAGUUGCCACCCACUUUUUAUCACGAAUCUACACGGUCAAGCAACCUCAAACGCUCCUGGUUUAAACUACGUUGAUGUCAGUAGUACAGAAAUCAUGUCUGUCGUCGAGAGAAACUGGCAAACAACAAGACCCACCAUCAGAGAAAGAAGCAAGGUUAUGUUCAACAACAAUCUCUUCAGCGAUGUGAAGUUUGUUGUGCAAAAGGCCGCUCAGGGCAAAAGUGAAAAUAAACAAGUGAUUCCUGCUCACAAGUUUGUGCUGUCGAUUAGCAGUCCUGUGUUUGAAGCCAUGUUUUAUGGUGAGCUAGCGGAGACUACUGACUCUAUUGAACUACCUGACUGUGAGUACGACAGUCUUUUGGAGUUGUUUCGUUACAUGUACAGCGAUGAAGUGAUCUUGAGCGGAAGUAAUGUGAUGGGAGUGUUGUAUUUGGCGAAGAAAUACAUGGUGCCUUCACUGGCUGAUAAAUGCAUGAAAUAUCUGCAAGAUAACUUAGAUCCAUCGAAUGUUUUCAGCAUCUUGCCCUCUGCUCAGAAAUUCGAAGAGAAAAAGCUGGUGGAUCGAUGUUGGAAACUGAUCAGCAAACAGACAGACGAGGCUUUGAAAUCAGAAUGUCUUGAGACCAUUGAGAGGUCGUUACUUGAAGCAGUAGUCAAGCGCGACAAUCUGAAUGUUGAAGAGAUAGAGCUGUUUAAAGCUGUUGACUUGUGGGCGACAAAGGAAUGUGAGAAGCAAGGUUUAGCGGCAGAUGGGAAAGCAAAAAGAAGAAUUCUUGGAGAAGAAAUCAUUAAAGCGAUACGUUUUCCAAUAAUGGAUGAAAAAGAUUUCGCUAGUGUGGUUUUAGACAGUAAAAUAUUAACAAAAGAAGAAAUCGUCAGUGUCCUCAAACUUCGGAAUUCAGUCCCGAGUCCGUCGAAAGAAUUUUCAAAAACUAAAAGAUCAGGUUCUGAAGGUGAUAUUCAACGAUGCUGUAGAUUUAACUCGUUAUCUGGUUGCGGAUUGAAAGCUGAUGGCCCCUCGAUAGACCAUAAUAUCAUAUUUUCUGUGAACAGAGAUAUCAAGCUACUCGGAGUGUGCUUAUUUGGUAGUGAGAAUAAUACUUAUUCGGUAGAAUUGAAGGUAAGGGCGUUGGGAAGCAGUACAGUUUUGGCGCUUAGAACUGGGCAAUUUUCCUCGGAGCUUUUACAGGGGGAGAAAUUUAACUAUUUCGGUUUUAAAGUCUUGUUUGACAGCGUUAUUUUAAAGAGAAACACCGAAUACCAUGUAGGUGCUAAAGUAACUGGCCCUAAUUCUGCCUGUGGAGACAACGGUGAUAGCACUGUUACAUGUUCUGGAGUAACUUUUACAUUUUUAGAUAUUGAGGAUACGUUUGCAUCUAACCUAUUGGAUCGGCUACGUAACAUUACAACCGUUCAACCGGGACAGUUUCCUGCAUUAUUGUUUACUCUUUAAAUACAUAUUACUUCAGGACAAUUAAUUUAGCUCAUUUGUCGCAGAUUUAAAAAAAAACCUUCAAGUUGUGGAUGUUCGUUUUUUCAAAGAAAGGAAAAUUGCGACUGCUUUCAAAAUUAAAGCUUUAAGCUCAAAAACUGUUUUCCAUCAGAAACAAAAGUGAGAUGUAUGCACAAAAGAGCAAUUUUCGUUGCCGGUUUGAAUUCGCUUUUUACUUGGAACUCUCUAAGAGAACAUUUUUCACCAGGAGUUCGAGUAACAAGUGGACAAAAGCCUAGUACCAAGAUUAUUUACAUCGUAUUGCAAACUUCUG